GUCACACCAAGUCGAGGCUCGACAAGCAACAAAUAUGGCGGGCGCUGCGGCAGCUCUGGAAGAUUUAAUCAAGGAAUAUCUGGUGUUUCGAGGCUUUACUGCCACAGUAAAGGCUUUUGAAAGCGAGCUAAAGGCAGACAGAGAUAAAAGCUUUCGGGUAUCCAAAAUUGUGGACCAGCUGAGGUAUUAUGUAUCCAUAUAUGACAUCUCCUCUCUGCGCCAAUACUGGGAGCACUUAGACAAGAGAUUCUUCAAGCGAGUUGAUUUUCAACACUAUGCCAAUGUUAGGAAGCUUGAGACAUGUUUGCUGCGACUUUACAUUGUCAAUGCAUUACAGAACUAUAAGAUUGAAAAAGUUACUGAGUUUUUUGAAAAGUAUGCCAUGGAGCUACAACAACACAAUGAGUGGCGGGAAUGGUUUGCCAUACCUUUUAUCAAGAAUCCAGAGCAAAAUGCAACCUUUGAGAUGUUCUUCCAGAAGUCAUGGCAGGAGACUUUUUACUUGUCACUUUAUAAUUUCAUCAUAACCCUCUUCCAUCACAUGCCUGUACCUACACUUCUCAAGUACAAUGAGGAGAGAGGUGCUCAGCAGAGGCUGGAGGCUGAGGUAGUCAAGCUCAAACAACAGGUAGUUGACUUAGCUGAGGAAGCAGCAGAGCUCCAGCAACAAAAGGCAAAGCUAUUGGACUUACUGGAGUACAGUAAACCUGCCAGAAACAAUACUGUUGAGGACGAAGAUGCUGAUGAAUUCCUGGUUGUACCAAAGCCCCCCACCCCUGUCCAAAAGACAGUCUUCCAAAAAGUAUUUAAUACUAAGAUAAAAGAGAGACCAAAGAAAAACAAAUCGCCAGGAAAAGCUCAAGAGGAUGCUUUACAAACAAAGGCAGUGCAGAAAAAGCAAGUUAUUAUGAAACAGCAACAGCAGCAACUUCAGCAGGUGCUCCAUGAACAAGAACGACUACUUUACACGCUACAGGAGGAGCAUAAAGCAAGCGUCCCAUUUCCAGAUUUCAGCCAAAGUCAAGAUGUUGCUGUUGAAGCAGUGGAAACACCAAUCACAUCUCCGGAGCUAUCUUCCCAAGAUCAGCAACAGACAGAGACAGAUAGACCUGGACUGGCCAGAAAGUCUCAGAGUUUUGAUUCUGGUUCCAGUGGGAAAACCUCUGGUCAUGAUGAUGUUGACAGUGCAUCUGUUCACAGAGCUACAACACUACCUAGGAUGAAUUCCGCUCCAUCCAGCAGUCCAUCCAUGAAAGGCAGGACAUCCCAACCCAAGAAUAUAGAUGACUGCAUACCCAAACCAUUCAUCCAUCUUGGCCAGGAAGAGUACAAAGAGCAUCAUGCCGCUGUCACCCAUUGCCGCUUCAGCUCCAGCGGGAGGACAAUUGCAAGUGCCGACACGGAUGGAAUUGUCAAAGUAUGGACCAACUAUCCAGACAUCAAGACCUGUACCACCAUCAUGUCCAAAUCGCCACUACUCUCACUCGAAUGGGCCACUAAGCCGGACAGACUGCUUCUUUUGGGCACAGCCAACGGCAAAGUCCGGUUGUAUGACACUGAAAACAAGAAGUCCAUGUGCGACCUCUCUACUGACGCUGGAUUCCCAAGGGUGGUCUCCUUGUCUUGUAGCCCGACAGGUACUGCGUUUGUAUGUUCAGCGGCCGCUUCACGUAGAAAUUCUUCAAAUAGAUUAAGUCAGACGAUGACAAAGUAUGGAGAUACGACGAACCUAACUACAGCUGGAAGCAAUUCUGGUGUACUGCAGUUCUGGGACAUGAAGACCUUAAAGGUUGAGCGUCAUUUGCCGAUCGAGCCCACGCCGUCGUGCAUCAAUUGUACGGGAUUCAACCACAAUGGGACCUUGCUUGUGACGGGAGCUACGGAUGGCAUGAUUAGACUUUACGACAUGCACACGUUCGACUGCCUAAUGGCCAUGCAGGCUCACGUGGGAGAGGUCUACUCAGUCCAGUUCAGCGUCGAUGAGACCACUAUAUACAGCAUGGGCGCCGAUGGCAAGUUCUCUCAGUGGAGUGUGCAUCGAAUGGGCCGUAAGAUAGCAGACCUCGAUAUUCACGAAGGGGCUGUCAACACAGAUGUCUUGCUUGAUAGCCCUCGCCACAAGUCUCGGCAAACAAGGGGCUCCUUUGGGAGGCUGUUCGCUUUCGACUCCGAGGGUCAGUACGUCUUGACCUGUGGACCACAGUGCGGGCUCAUAUACAAGAUUGAAAACCAGGACCUCACGCAAGUCCUCAGUCUUCCGUACCACAGGCAGCCUGUGUUGAGCGUAGAUUGGACCUCGUCACUCAGUUGUUCGACAUGUCUCACUGGCUCCCAGGACGGAACGAUCCAAGUAACGUCAUUACUUAGACAAUAGUCACGCAACAUUUCCGUCAUUACAAGUAAUGUCACUACUAAGAUGUUAGUCACGCAACACUCACAUUAUUGCUGAGACGAUAGUCACGCAAAAUUCAUGCCAUUGCAAGUAGUGUCAUUACUUAGACAAUAGUCACGCAAAACUCACUCACAUUACUGCUGAGAAAAUAGUCACGCAACACACACUACUGCUGAGACGAUAGUCACGCAACAUUCACGUCAUUACAAGAAAUGUCACUACUGAGAUAUUAAUCACGCAACACUCACAUUACUGCUGAGACGAUAGUCACGCAACAUUCACGUCAUUCCUUUACGGAAGAGUCACGCUUCUAUACUCAAUCGAUAGGACAGACGAAUACUGUCACUGAUGCGGAAUUGAUGCCUUUGAUUGCAUGAUGGUCAAAGUGACGUCACUGCUGCCUUUGAUUGCAUGAUGGUCAAAGUGACGUCACUGCUGCCUUUGAUUGCAUGAUGGUCAAAGUGACGUCACUGCUGCCUUUGAUUGCAUGAUGGUCAAAGUGACGUCACUGACGCUUUUGAUUGCAUGAUGGUCAAAGUGACGUCACUGACGCUUUUGAUUGCAUGAUGGUCAGAGUGACGUCACUGACGCCUUUGAUUGCAUGAUGGUCAAAGUGACGUCACUGACGCUUUUGAUUGCAUGAUGGUCAAAGUGACGUCACUGACGCUUUUGAUUGCAUGAUUGACACAGUGACGUCACUGACGCUUUUGAUUGCAUGAUGGUCAAAGUGACGUCACUGACGCUUUUGAUUGCAUGAUGGUCAAAGUGACGUCACUGACGCUUUUGAUUGCAUGAUGGUCAAAGUGACGUCACUGACGCUUUUGAUUGCAUGAUGGUCAAAGUGACGUCACUGACGCUUUUGAUUGCAUGAUGGUCAAAGUGACGUCACUGACGCUUUUGAUUGCAUGAUGGUCAAAGUGACGUCACUGACGCUUUUGAUUGCAUGAUGGUCAAAGUGACGUCACUGACGCUUUUGAUUGCAUGAUGGUCAAAGUGACGUCACUGACGCUUUUGAUUGCAUGAUGGUCAAAGUGACGUCACUGACGCUUUUGAUUGCAUGAUUGACACAGUGACGUCACUGACGCUUUUGAUUGCAUGAUGGUCAAAGUGACGUCACUGACGCUUUUGAUUGCAUGAUUGACACAGUGACGGCUCAGCAGUGGGCCGAGGACAAUACAGAAUUGGAAGCACUAAAGUAUUUCUCAAUUUGUUUGACUUAAAAUAUUUUUAUAUUUGAUUAUAUUGUAAAUAAGAUAUAAAGGAUACAUUGUAAAAUAAUCUUUCAUAUAAAACUUGAAAUAUAAUUUAAUAGAGUACAUAACGA